AUGCUGAUAGAAAUGUCCGGUUACAGAAGAGUUAAUUAUUAUGAAUUAUGCCGACUGUGUACCUCAAGUGAAGGAAAUAAAACCCACAUUUUUAAAGAUGAAGGAAGAAAGCUACAAUUAACUACCAAGAUACAAGCUUGUCUCAGACUUCAAGUCAGUGAGGAAGAUUCAUUGCCCAAAAUUAUCUGUAACUUGUGUUUAGAAAAACUGGAAGGUUUUUUUGACUUUAGGACAUCCUGUGUCAAAGCUGAAGGGAUGUUGGAAAGUUAUGCUACAGCAUUAAGAUUUAACAGUGAUUUUAAGAAGGAAGGAAAGGUUUAUGUUAGGGAUGUAUCUUAUAGCAAAGAUGGUUUUGAAGAUGACUCAAUUAAUAGACUGGAUGUUGUUCCUGCUGCCUUGCCUACUCAAGAAAUCCAUGUUCAAUUGCAACCUGCUACACCAUUAAAAGUGUCCUCUAAACCCCAAACAUUGACUUCUAUUCCUGUCCCUGUUAGUAUAGAUAGUCUUAGCAGCUUAGUGCAAGCAGCUGCAAUUCAAAUCGUUAGUCAACAUGACAAUGAUGAUGCUAGACUACAUCAAUAUAAAGUCCAGAUGCAGCCUAAUGCUGAUACAGCGACUCAUGGUGAUCAUAAUUAUUCCUUUCAAACACCUAUUCAAAAUUCCCAAAUUACUAAACAAAAUCAAACAUUAAGUUCAAAAAAUAUGAAGAGUGCAAGCACUCAAAUGGAUGAUCAUAUUAGUAAUGCUGUGCAAGAAGUAGAAGUGGAAAACGAUUCAUUACAAUCUGCCAUAACUUUUACCACAAAUAAUUCAGGACAGGAUGUAUUGCUUCAUUUUGGCCUGACCAAAGACAAAGAUGAUCAAUUGUAUCAGCAUACUGAAGAAAAUGACAGUAGGACUUCAAUGGUUCAUAUACGUGAAUUUUUGAAAAUGAAACCAGAUGAAGAAAUAACUGAUGAAGAAUGUGAUGAUAAAUGUGAAAAUUGUGGCAAACAGUUUAGCUCAGAGGAAGAUAGAAUUAACCAUUCCACAACUUGCACAGUUGAUGAAAAAAUUAUAAACAGUUAUAUUUGUGACUCAUGUGGUAAACUUUUCAAAAGAAAAGAGCACUUAUUUCAACACAAAAAACUGCACACUGGUGAAAGACCAUUCGUUUGUGGUCAUUGUGGUAAAACAUUUAGUAGAAAGGAACAUCUUGUUAGACAUUCUGUUUCUCAUACUGGUCAGAAGCAAUAUUCAUGUGAUCUGUGUGGAAAAUCUUUUGGACGUAAAGACAAUGUUAGAAAACACAGGAAAACUCAUAGCCUUGCUGGACCAUUUGUUUGUGAAACUUGUGGUAAACAAUUUGUAGUAAAACCUUAUUUCUUGAUGCACAAAGCUAGUCAUGAAGAUGAUCCUCCCCAUAGGUGUGAUGUAUGCCAACGAACUUUCAGUACGAAACAGUAUCUAUUGACCCAUAAAUUAAAACAUAAAGAGGCUCCAAAUACAUCUACAACAGCAUCUUUAUCCUUGCCACAGCGUUCUUUCCAGGUUGUUACAACAGCUAGCAGUCCGAUUCCAAAUCUCGUCUGUUCAUCCACUUCUCCUACAAGGGUAGCAGACACCUACAAGCGUAUUAGUCUUACCUAA